AAUAUUCAUCUAAACGUCGUCGGUUCUGUGUCAACCUUCUCUUUAACCAGUCUUCCUCUUCCCCACCCUAUUUCACUUUUUACGAUCUGUUUCAUUAGACUCUCGCUCAGUGAAGAAUCGAAGAGAAAAGUCAUCGUCCCUGCGCUUCCGAAGAUGUUUGACGACCAAGACCUCGGAUUCUUUGCCAAUUUUCUCGGCAUUUUCAUCUUCAUUCUGGUCAUUGCUUACCAUUUCGUCGUCGCCGACCCAAAGUUCGAAUGAAUAACUGUUGUUUUUUUUUUAUCUUUUUGCUGGUUUCCUACAACAAAAAACACAGUUUAAUGUCUUUAGCAUUCCCUACAGUCGAGAUGUUUCCCCCAGUUAUGUAAUAUGACAAUGUGGUUUUUGAUGAAUGCGUUAUAGACUUGUUUUCAUA